UGUGAAAACUAAGGCUUCUCCUUGAUGGGAGAGUGUUUGUUCUUGCAGGGUCUUGUAGAUCUCAAAGAGCUUGAAGAUUUGGAGGAAAGAAGCUCAUUCAUGGGAUGGUUAUACUUAAUUUCCCAUCAAUUUAUGGGAAAUCAUAAGGAUCAAACAAUGCUUAAAUUCUAGACAACAUAUCCACUACCCUAAACACCCCCAUCACAUGCAGCAGUGGUAGCAGUAACAAGAAAAUGGGAUGUGUAUCCUCUAAGAUGAUGUUGAAGUCAAGUAGUUAUAGAGAUGAGCAUCGAAGAAUGGUUAAUGGCCUCCCGGCACUCGAAGAUCUAUUCGUGGCCACUGGCGGCGAGCAAUUCCUUGCAUUAGUUUGCACAGCCAACACAGUUACUCGAAAGCUUCAAGCCGGACAAGCCCUACCGAAACCUAAUGCUGCUUUGUUGGAAUCACAUGCUGUGAACAAUUUAUACGAAGGACAAGGGAGCCCAGAAGUCAUAAACACAUGGGAGCUCAUGGCAGGGCUGGAAGAUGACACACAUCAGGGAAUCGAGCCCAAUAAUUGUUCAGGGGGUCAUGAUGUGCCCAUUCAGUCGGAGAACUCACAAAGAAAUGGGGUAAUCUCACCCCAACAUGGCAGUUAUCUAACUAUCGAAACUGUGAACUCAACAGGAUCUCAUGAGCUCACAACUGACAUCUCUGAGAAGUCUGGAAAACAGCAAGAGGGAUCAGCAAUAAACCCUCUUGUACAUCCUGCAAAUGUUUCUCUAGGGGAGAAGUCUAAAGUCGAAUUAAUGGAUAACAAAGUUGGGAAAUUGACAAGAUUCGGAAAGGACUUGUCGAGCCAAGAAUCAGAGAACAUGACAUUAGGGGAUAGGGCCAAGGAAUUUGCAGAAAAGGGAAGAAAUUCACUCAGCCUAAGGAGGGCAGCCAUCACUCGAGAACUAACAUCGUUGAGUAUCCCAACGACUGUUGAUCUGCAAGCACUCGCUGAUUUCCCUGCAGCGACGGUCACUAGCUUAACAGAUUGGAUCCAAAGUGGGGGCCAGCUUUUCUCACCAGGAGCAACUGGAACUCCUAAGUUUGGCCCACUCAUGUCACCAAAAUGCAGUGGGAAAGGGAUUCUAACUUUCGAAGAAGUGGGAAAUGAGGAUGAAGAAUUUGCAGGAUUGGACCCUGAGUUUUUAGAAGCACUAGAAGAGGCACUUGAAGAGUUGUCUAAGGAAGAGGAGUGUGUGAUGAGGGAGAUAUGAGAUAGCACUAGAGAUGAGGUGAAAUGUGGAGGGAGUUUGGAAGUGUGUGAGAGUAUAGAUUGUACAUGAUUUUUUGUUAUUUUAUCUUUUAUUUUCAUUUUUCCCUUUUUUUGGUUCCUUUUUUUGUGGCAUUUUUGUGUUUAUGUGUGGGUGAGGAGCUGGAGAGGGGAGCUAUUCUCUAGGGUGGUGGUACUAAACAUAUGCAUUAGACUUUUAAGCUUA